UUGAAAUUGUCGUCUGGAUUCGUGUGUAAGCUCUGUUCGAGCCGGGCUGCUGAGCCAUAGAGGUUAAAGAACAUUAGCGCACGCCUUUGAAUAUGAUCUAAUAAAUGGUCAUCUCCAGCUCAAUUAGCUGCUAAAUUAAUAGAAUUGAGUAUAUAUAAUGUAAAGUGUGUACGUGUUCUCCGUGACUCCCUGUGUGUACCCUGUCGUGCUUGCAUUUUGUGACAGUGUAUAUUUUGUAAACAUAUAGCCCUGGUGUGUUUACGAUGAGGGCCAUACUUGUUGUAGCAUGUUCUUUGAGCUACGCUCUUGGGCAGGAGCUCGAGGUAGGGCGUGCUCGUAAUGAGCGCGAGUCACUUAAAAGUAGUUCGGGUGGCCGUCAGUCUACACUCUCCCCACCGCCCGCUAUCAUUCCCUCACGACAGACAUCAUCGAAAGUAGUCUUCCGAAACGAUAAUCAUCGAGAAAAUACUAUCAACCACAUAGACAGCGAGUUUCAAAAGCAGAAAUUGCCGGAAAACACUCCCCAGCCAUAUGAUUUUGGCUACUCUAUUCAAGAUGAGUAUGGAAACAGCCAGUAUCGCCAGGAAACUGGCCAUCAGGGCGGAAUUAUACGAGGAUCAUAUGGCUACACAGAUGCAUUGGGGACCUACAGAAAAGUAAAAUACAUUGCUGAUGGGAACGGUUUCCGCGCUGAGGUGCUAUCGAAUGAGCCUGGUGUGAAAGGCGAAAAUCCUGCGUCUGCAUCCUUUAUCGUCGAUGUACCGCGUCAGACAUUCCAGCCUGCGGGAUUUUUGUCGCCGCCAUCUUCAAUCUCUAAACGCUCAAACGUUCCGCGGCGUUUUCCGUCGCAACGAAGGUUUCCCUCAGCAUCAGUAACUUCUGCCGUUGUUUCGACCGCUGCUACACUAAGCUAAUUGAAUAAAAAUAAACAGGCUCUUGGCUGUAGGCAACCAGUCACUGACCAGUGGCUGCACCCUAUAAGCAAAAAUUGUUUACUUAACAUAUAGGACUGUUCGGUAAGGAAGGUCUGUGUGAUAAGAAUCAAUAAGUCCAAUCUCGAAAAGGUUUGUAAGCAUAAGAGGGUAUGCGAUAAACGUUUUAGCAAUACGCAUCGUACCCAUAAUGAAUGGGCAGUCCAGAAAUCGCAUUAAAAAAUCUAAGUUCAGAGCAAAAUUUAAAUCCUCGUUACAUGAAGACUAAAUUAUUUCAUAUUUUCAGUCAAUCGACAAAACUGCCAAAGCUCCUCGUGUUUGAAUACCUCAAGUCUAGCGAAAUGCUGUUUCUGAGUGAUUGUUGAAUUAAAUAAUAUGCAAAGCUUAUGUUGCGUCUAUGAAACUUCUGCUGUGCAGAAAAGCUUCAUCGCGUAAUGUAUAAGUAGAUGAACUUUUCAACAUUGACAUCACCGUAGCAUAGCUGGGCAAAGCUCAA